AUGUACAGGCUGAAAGCGACUCAAUUGACCACUCUUCUCCUUGACUCCAAACUAAUUUCCGUUCUCUGUCACAUGGGAGAUUUUGGAUGUGGAGUUGGAGGAUGGACCCCGGUUAUGAAGAUCGACGGUAACAAGGUACGGACAGUUCUAUUAUGAGCUUUGGUCGUUUUCUAAGUUAACUGAUGCAACCAAAAAUUGUUUUGACGAUAAAAGAUUAUUUGUUUUGAAGCUUUUUGCACAAUUUAUUGCUAGCUAGUUUUAUAGCCAUAGUUUCUAUGCUCUGUAAGAGAGCGAUCAGACCGCCAGUCGCUUUAGCCUAAUUGGCUCGGCGAGAGUUUGGUUUUGUCCUUACGUACUAGUGACGAAUUUAGAUCACUAAGUCCGUUAGUGCCUAAGAAGAGGUGGGACCGGCCUUGGAAACAAUUUUUCUUGGCCCCAACGGGCCACAGUUUGGCCUAGAAAUAAGGUGGGUGCUUGGGCCCCCUUGGGUUCCUUCCUUAGAUUCUCUACUGCGCACGACUCAUUUAAAUGCCAGUUUUUUCUGUCUUUACAGCAUACGUUUCAAUACAAUGACGCUCUAUGGAGUAAUAAAGAAACCUUUAACCUUGACGGAGGGAAAACUGGGUUCGAUUCACAGGAGACCAAACUUCCUUCCUACUGGAACACUUCCUUCUCCAAGAUCUGCCUCGGUAUGAAGAUUGAUCAGACGGUCAAGUUUAUUGUCAUCAGCAAGCAGGCGAACUCCUUGUACUCAUUGAUCGCUGAUGGGCACUACUGCGCCACCAAACUAGGCCGUGACACUUGGAAGUCUCUGAUUGGUUCUGACGCCUCCUUGCAACAAAACUGUAACAAGGAAGGGUUUAACGCCAUGAGCACCAGCAGUGGUUAUUCCAGAGCAAGAAUCGGCAUCCUUGGUAAUGAUGGAAAUUAUUGUGAUACGUGUGACUCUAGGAUCGGUUUUGGAACUACAGGAUACCCCGAUGACUCUAACACAUGUGGGAACCGGGCUUCAAGUUCACCAGACAAUGGCGACAAGAAUAUAACAUCAAUAGGUUAUAUCUUGGUGCAGUAA